AUGGAGGCGUUGCUAGGCGCUUCCAACUCCAACCCUUCGUGCGGGUCCAUCCUCGAGCUUAGGGAGCAACUGCGCAGCGUCUUCAGUACCAAGGUCACGGAAAAGAGAGCCGAACACGUCUCAGUCACAUUGGAGCUGCGCUCGACCAGCGUGUUUCAUAUUCCAGUCACCGAGCCUGAGAACGAGCAACUUGAGCAAGCCGCCUCGAUCGAUCCGUCGUUGGGGGGCGCGCAAUCCAGCGUAGCGCCUGUAUCAGGAGAAGGAGGCGCCAACGGCAAUGUCAACGGAAACCAACCAACGCGGCAGAUCAACGCGAUUGAUGCGCUGAUCAACCAGCCCUCCGACGACCACGUCUUGCAGAAAUCGGUUGCGAAGCAUAUCAUCACGACGCUGGGUGAAAUCGAUGGCAGUAGCUGGGCGGUGCGCCAGGUCUCGCGCGGCGAACAGGGCUGGACAUUUGGAUACGUCUGCAAGGAUUCAUGGCAAGCUUGGAGUCGCCAGAAUGCUAAGAAUCCUGCCCGAGCCGUCAUCGGCGAAUGGAGCCAGAAGCCGGAUAGUAUGGAUGCUGUUAAUUUGAUAGGACAGCUUAUCGAACUUCUAGUGCCUCCGCCGGCUCCUCGUGAACCCAAGCAUGCGUUGCAACGAAGGGAACCAAAGAAGCCAAAGGAACCAAAGCCCCCAAGGCCCCCAAAGCCCCCCAAACAGCCAAAGCCACCCAAGGAUCCCAAUGCGCCAAAACCACCCCGGAAGAAGCGGCCCGCAGGCGAAGGUGGCGCAGGAGACGGUACUCAACCCAAGAAGCGCCGCAAGAAGAAGGACGCGGCUGCUGUUGGUCCAGACGGGAGUAUUCUUCCGCCAGAGAUGCGAGGCGGCGAUACCCAAAACGGCUACAGCACUUAUCCAGAAGGACUCGUCGGUCAAGCCCCAGCUGCGGCCGAUGAGGGCGUUCAUGUUCAUUCCAUUCUCAACAUUCCUCCUGCCGAGGCAGCUAGGCGUCGCACGGUGGCCAUCGACCUACUCGAAUCAGGCGGCAUUGACCCCAAGACUCUUUCCCCCGAACAGUUCAACAUCUUUGCCAACCAAGCCCCUGAACUUCAACAGGAGUCCUUGGACAUGCUCAAGAAGUACGGUGCCGAGCGACUCCGCAUCGUACACCCCGAUAAGGAACAGGGAGAUGGUGCACAAGCUGCUCCUGCUACGCAGGCGGCCACAGCACCAUCAACAGCGCCGAUCAAUCUCUCAAAGAAGAAGUCUAAGAAGAAGAAGUCCGGAGUAGUGGACAGUGAGGAGGGCGUUGCCGCGUCGGGUGGUAAGAAGAAGAAAAAGAAGAACAAGGAGAAAUUGACAAGAGGCAAAUGCGAUCCUUGUCGCGAUCGUAAAAUACCGUGCACAAAGGAGAAACCAUCUUGCUCGCAAUGCACGACGUCGGGGUUGCAAUGCCAUUAUGCUCUCGAGAGGAAAGUGAAAGACAUUUCUCCAGAGUCAGAGGCAGAACCAGAGGCCCAGUCCGAGCCUGUAGUUGUCGAAGCCGAUGAAGAGCCGGAAGGCUUAGGGUCGCCGGGUUUUCAUAAUGAGCCGGCUCACCAUGAACCUGCUAGCCAUGAACCCUUUAACCAAGAACAAGACAAUGAUUCAAUCGAUAAUAAUAUGCCACACGGACUACCAACGUCUGGGUUGGUCUCACCUCAACCGGAAUCAUCAACAACAUAUCAUCAGCCUUCCGACCUCUACCAGCAGUUCAACUCGUCGGUGGACGCUUCGGCUACUCCUGAAGUGGCCCAUACCGGCGUCACACCUGCAGCAAUGGACUAUAUGCAUUCCUCGGUUACUGACAACUCUUUACACAACUUCUCAUACACCCAACCUCAGUCUGAGCCCGAGCCGGCGCCGGCACCGGUACCGGAGCCAGAACCCAUACCUGAGCCUGUACCUGUUGUUGAGCAACCUCCCCCUGUCCAGCACACAUCUAACUACGCUCAGCAGUCCAGCUCAACACAGGCGGGCGGUAGGACAAGACGGAGUCUGCCUUCAGGGCCAUCGUUGCAAAGCGGUGCCAUGAACGGUCACACCACCCAUGCUCCAACGGAAAGCUGGACUCCUGUGCCGGUACCUACUAUCCCGGCCGCCUACCAGAACAAGCCCUCUCCCAGGGCUUCAAGAGCAAGGAAGCCAGCACCAGCCGCGCCUCAGACGUCGAUGCAAAAUACGACGCAGCACAGAACCCAGAAUACUGUGCAACAACCGGUGUCACAAGCGUUUGAUGACCUGCGGCAAGCCUCAAGCUGGUCAUCGGUCCCUCAACCUACUAUUCCUGUCCAAAAGACAAGUCAACAACAGGCGCGCACCUCACCCUAUCAAGCAGCAGCUCAGACCGUCCGUACUUCGUCUCGGCAGGGCAACCGAAGCCAGAACCAUACACCGGUACAGCAGCAAACCAGUGCGCCAGGACGGCAUAGCCAGCUGCAAGCUUCCCAAUCCCAUACGGACAACUCUAAUUACCAAUCCAAUACAGGCGUAGCAGCCUCCACUUCGGUUGGUAAUUACGAUAGCUAUUCGCAGUAUCCUACGUCCAGUAGCAGGACAGAAGCCACGAAUACUCGUAUGAACUAUGAACCCUAUACUAAUCCGUCAUCUACUACGUCCAACUCCUAUUCGUCCUACGACACUUAUAACACGCGGUCAAGUACCAAAACGCCAGUAGCAAGCUUAUCAGCAGCGCAGCCCACGGCUUCCUCAUACAACACCAACACAGCUACGGCGGCGCCAAGCACGUCACAAUGGGGGUCGAGUACGUCUGUCCCUCAGACGCGAAGCAGUGCUCGCUCGACUUAUGAUACAAAUCCAACCACGUCGGCCUCCAACCAAUAUAACAUGACCCCUUCGAAUCCCCCACAAUCCAGCUCCCUUCAGGGCUUCAACGUCAGGCCGCACUCCAUGGCCCAGACCAGGUCCUCUACCGCCGCCUAUGCCCAGCAGCAACAGCAACAUCACCAGCAGCAAUCACAGGCACAGCAGCAGCAGCGACAGCAGGUCCAACAGCAGCCAAGCUACAACAGCUACACAAGCCAGUCACACACCACGAACACGCAGCAACAGCAGCAUCAACAGCAGCAGCAGACGCAAAACUGGGGUUACGGCAGUUUCGGAUCGACCACUAAUGCCUCGUCGACCGGUUACGGCUCCACCGGAGCCAGCAGCAACGCCAACAACAGCUACUCGACGGGGACCUCGGCAAGCUCGCACGCCCAUAAUGCGGCGCCGGCUGCGACCAAUGCUGCGGCGUACAGCCACCAGCAGCCUCAUCAUAGGUCGAUGAACCUGUCAAGUAAUACGUACAGCAGCCACAUUGGGAACGAGGAUCAGGUGCUUUAUGAUUUGCUUAGACACCCUGGUGCUUAG